GCAUCGUAUGCUCAGCCGCCUUAGUCGACUUGCUCGCCACUUUGCUACGAGUUCCACUAGACCAACUAUAACGAUGACGGUGCCUACCACCACUGAAGCUAUCACCAUCCCCCAUAUUGGAGGCAUAGAGGUCAUCGAGAAGAACACCAUUCCUCUACAGCACAACCCAAGCAACCUCGUUAUCAAGGUUGAUUACGCUGGUGUUAACUUUAUCGACACCUACUACCGGAGUGGCCUCUAUCCCUACCCAUCUUUCCCAGCUGUUAUCGGGAAAGAAACGGCUGGUACGAUUGUCGCACUACCCACGGAUCCAAAGGUCUUGGAGGAUCCUACCUUCAAGAAGCAGGGGUUCAAAGUCGGGGGCAAAGUCGCUGCUGAUUACCUCGGGACACACGCCAGCUACAUUUCCGUCCCUCCGAAAUAUGCCUAUCCAGUUCCCGACUCUGUCUCGACCAAGACUGCUGCUGCUGCCCUCCUCCAGGGUCUAACGACCAUUACCUUUGUCGAGGAGGCGUACCCGGUCAAGAAGGGCGAUGUGAUCCUUGUGCACACCAUUGCGGGAGGCCUUGGUUUGCUGUUUGCUCAGCUAAUCAAGCGCAAGGGAGCUACGGUUAUCGGGACGACGUCCACUGCUGAGAAGGCAGAGCUUGCAAAGGCUCACGGCGCCGAUCAUGUCAUUUUGUAUCCUGUUGAGGAUACGGUCCAGAGAGUCUUGGAACUCACCAAUGGAGAGGGUGUCGAUGCUAUCUUUGAUGGUGUUGGGAAAGACACGUUCGACAACAAUUUCAAGAUGAUCAAGCGGAAAGGAACUAUUGUUUCUCUUGGGAACGCGUCGGGUGCGGUCGAGCCUUUCUCCUUGCUCCGACUGGUGCAGAAGAAUGUCAAGAUCUUGAGACCGACAAUGACCAACUAUGUGUUCACCGCGGAGGAGGCAGAACAUUAUGGUUCACGACUCUUCAAAGAAGUUGCGAACGGUGACUUGAAGAUCAACAUCUUCAAAGAGUACCCAUUCACGGCCGAGGGUGUAAAGCAAGCACAGAGUGAUUUGACGGGGAGAAAGACGACAGGGAAGCUCCUGAUCAAAGUCAAUCCCGAUGCACAGUGA